CCGAAUUUCUGUGGUCGCGUUUUUAUCCGAAAUUCUCGUUUAAUAAAUUGGUGUAUCGGUUUGAAGUUAUUCUUAAAACUCGUUUACAAUGGAUCGAAUAAAGUUGAUUUACAACUUUGACCACAGCUGUUUCUAUGACGAAGAGAACAAAAUUCGCUUCGAACCACCGGUGUACGAGCAACGGUAUCUGACCGUUCUUAGACUGUUGGAGUUGGAUUUUUGGAAAGACUCUUUUAAGAAGAUAGUUGAAUUUGGUUGUGCAGAAAUGAAGUUCUUCACUCUGCUCAAAACGCUUCCAACUCUGGAAAAAUUACUUCAGAUCGAUAUCGACGAAGAGCUAUUGAACAAAUGGGCACAUAGCGUUCGACCUCUUAUGGCAGAUUUUAUCCAGCGAAGAGCCAACCCUUUUUCAGUCGAGAUCUGGCGAGGUAGCAUUUCGGCACCACACGAGUGCCUACGAGAUACCGACGCCGUAGUGGGCAUCGAAAUAAUCGAACACCUUUUCCCAUUGGUUCUGGAAGGUGUACCGGAAAACGUAUUCGGAUUCAUUCGACCAAAAGUGGCCAUUUUCAGUACCCCAAAUUCGGAGUACAAUAUAAUGUUCGAUGGUCUACUGGAGAACGGCUUCCGUCAUGAAGACCACAAGUUCGAGUGGACCAGAGCACAGUUUCAGGAAUGGUGCGAACACGUCUGUAAUCGGUAUCCCGAUUAUGUCGUCAAAUAUUUCGGUAUAGGGCCUCCACCAAAAAGCGCCGCCGAUAUCGGCUACGUUAGUCAGUUGUGUAUAUUUAUUAGAAAAGAUUUCCUCGAAAAGGUGAAUUCAGAAGCAGACAAUUCGGAAGCUACUGAACCACAAGCAGGUCCAUCUAGCACAGUUCCCAUUUCAACUAACGAUCAAACAGAGAAGUCUGUGGAACCAAACAUUUAUUUCAAUGAAGACAUCGGAGCUAUUGUGGUUGCCCGAGAAGAAGGCGAAGUUGAGCCGUUGGCAACUCAUGACUAUAGAGAACCACUGAUUUUUCACGAUGAUCCGGAUGAGAUGGAACCUCCUGAGUUAGAUCUAGAAGGUAGUGAUCAUGAUGAACCAAAUGCACGGGUAAUUGAUUUUUAUUUGCCUCAUGAACGGGCCCGAAAUGACAGCGGGAACUAUGACGAUGAACCGCUGGACGCUUUGAGCGAUGAGUAUAAACUGCUGUGCACUAUCGAUUAUCCGGUGCAAGAACCGGACAAGCGAACCAGGUCGCAACGUCUGCUGGAUGAGGCUGAGUAUCAAAUCCGUCGGUUGAAGUACGACGAAACUUAUUACAAUUACGAUGAGAACGCCUAUCAGAUUCCGCUGCAAAUGAUUAUCGAAUGCAUGAAUCAGUUAAGUACAUCGAUCGAAGAAAUGAACCCAAUUUUAGCGGAAGCGUCGUAUCGGAUAUCCGAAGAUAACAUUGUUACCCUGAAUGGCGACGACGAUUCGUUGGUGGGGAGUGAGGAAGAUUUCGAAUACGACAUGCGAGAAGAUGAUGAUGUCGAUGCAGAUCAGGAACCGGCAGGUGUUCAGGAACCGGCCAACGAGGGUGCGUCAUUCCAGGAAGAUCGAGAUAUGUGGGACUAGCUUGUAUGAAAAAUUUUUUUACUUGACAACUACAUUUUUUGAUAAUAUAA